AUGCGCGAUCUUGCGAAACUACGCUUGCCGGAUGAGGUCGAGUCGGGAGUGUUGCUCACGAUGGACGAAGUCGGUCGUGUUGACAGGCCGAUGGCAAACAACUGUAGCCCUUCGAUCAUUACACCGGGUUCGAGUAGUUCUCUGCGAUCACCAUUUCGUUUCGAUUCGAUGCGAUCAUCUGGAAGAAGGCUCGGGCCACCGUUUUAUCGACCAGGUUUCAAGAAACCUCGCAAGCGGGCAGUUUUUAAGAAUGGUUACUGUAAUGUGAGCGCGACGAAGGUUCCACAUCAGCGACUUCGCUUUCUGCAAGAUAUCUUCACCACCCUGGUUGAUGUACAAUGGCGUUGGACAUUGCUAGUCUUUGCACUCGGAUUCGUAGGAUCGUGGGUCACAUUUGCCGGACUGUACUGGUUAAUCUCAUACACGCACGGCGACUUUGAGGAGAAUCAUUUGCCACCGUUUCAAGCGGACAGCGGCUGGACACCGUGCAUUUCCAACAUCUACUCGUUCACGUCUUGCUUUCUGUUUUCGCUCGAAACGCAACACACGAUCGGGUACGGAUCGCGUGCAAUGGAAGAAGAAUGUCCGGAAGCGGUGUUCGUGAUGACGCUUCAAUCAGUGCACGGUGUCAUGGUGCAAGCCUUCCUCGCCGGAAUUGUGUUCGCAAAGAUGACACGCUCGAAGCGUCGCGCCCAGACGCUACUGUUCUCCAAAAACGCCGUCAUUUCCCUGAGAGACGGUGAGCUAUGUCUGAUGUUUCGGAUCGGUGAUAUGCGCAAGAGCCACAUCAUCGGUGCAAACAUUCGGGCGCAGCUGAUUCGAACGAAGGUGUCGAAUGAGCGGGAAGUGUUGCCACAGUACCGUACCGAGCUGGAGCUAACUUCGGACGAUUGCUCGUCGGACGUGUUUUUCCUUUGGCCUCAGAUCGUGGUGCACCGGAUCGACGAAAGGUCACCGUUGUACGACUACUCGGCGGAGGAUGUUUUGCUUGAGCGCUUCGAAAUUGUGGUGGUACUGGAGGGUACGGUUGAGUCAACCGGCCAAACGACCCAGGCAAGGACGAGUUACGUCAAUACGGAAAUCCUCUGGGGACAACGGUUCGAGCCGGUGCUGGUGUACAACUCCGACAUAGAGAGCUAUGAAAUAGAUUUUUCCAAGUUCAAUGAGACGGUGGUGCAAGACACGCCACGUUGUUCGGCCAAAGAGCUGAAGGAGUGCGGAAAACUUCCACUCAGAGGGCGUUCCUGUGAUCCUCUGGUGGGGCCGACGUUGAGGUUGUCCCAGGUGGAGUUGCAAAGUGAACGAAACAAACCUCAUUUUCUAUUUCCCGUGUUCGACCGUCGACGGUCCCGUUCAUCUACCGAGCUGUAA